AUGAACAAAAAGUGUGCCAGGUGUGAUAAAACUGUUUAUCCUAUUGAAGAGCUGAAAUGUUUAGACAAGGUAAAUUUAAUAUUUAAUACUAAAUGUACUAAUGUGCUACCUACAUUACUGUAUCAUGAUGCAGUUAGGUACCAUACUACUAUUUUAAUUUUUGAUAGUCAAAUUUUUAUUUUAUUUUAGGCUUGGCACAAACAGUGUUUUAAAUGUCAAUCUUGUGGCAUGACAUUAAAUAUGAGAAAUUAUAAAGGAUUCAACAAAGAACCUUUCUGUGAUGCGUGAGUAUUUAAUAUUGUUUAAAUUUAUUUUGCUUACCAUAGACUUACAGGCAGAUCUUGUUUGUAUUUUAUAGGUGCAUAAUAUUAAAUUAGGUGCUAGUAUUAAUGUAUUACAAACUAUGUUAUUAUAUAAAUGGUUGCACAGAAACAAUAUUUUUAUUAAAUUUCUGAUAAGACAACAUAAAUAAGCUAUAUUUCUUUGGUAAAAUAUAACACAAAUAAUUGAUAUUAGUCAUUUGUUAAUAACUAAAAGGUAAUGUAUAUUAAUUUCAUAAUAUGCUGUUAUGAGAUAGGUAGGUACAAAGGUGUUGUCAGAAUUUAUCAAUGAGAAGGGUUUAGGAGAGUUUAAAGGUAUACAAUCUUCUUAUCCAUAUUUAUAUUAAAAAAACCAAAGGGAGGGUUUACAAAUCUAAAUAUCUCUUCUGGCUAUACCACUGGGAAAGUAAUACAAGUUUGAUGGUUUUUUAAAUUGUAUAGUUUAAUAAACACUUUAACAUAUUUUAAUUGAAUAAUGCUUUAUAUAUUAAAAUACUAAAAUAUUGUACAUUUAGAAUAAAUUAAAAUGUAAACACUCAAUUUGAAUAUUUGAUUGACAUUUUGAAAUAAAAUAAUAAAAGAUUGAUAACUUUUAUUCUAUCAUUUGUCUACUAACAUUGUUAUUAAAAUUAAAUAAAUAGUGGUCUUAUUCAUAAAAAAAAAAAAAAAAAAAAUAAUAAUAUUCACUUUUUAUUAAACCAAAUAUUUUUGUAUAAGCAAUAUAUUUACAGACAAAGUAAGCUAUUAGAAACAUUCACUUAGGGUGGUGGUACUGGUUGAUUUUAUGCCCAAUUUUAUUAAAUUAUAUCUGUUCAGAUUGUAUAGGCUUACCCAAAUUAAUAUACAAAUUAUUUUGUGUAUUAUUAUUAUGAUUUAAUAUUAUUAAUAAAUCAAAUAAAGUAAUAUUGUAACCAAAUUAUUAUAAUUAUUAUUCUAAAUAUUCUUUAAUUAGGUAUGCAAAUUAUACUACUGUUUGUUUUAAGAUUAUUCUUUUAUUUGUAAUGUAAGGCACAUAGUGUGAUACAAAUGACAGCAAUUGGUUAUAACUUUAGAUUAUAUAUUAUAACCCAACUAAACUUGUGCUACUAUGGUUCUAUGAUUACAUAUAGACUAAUUUAAUAAUAAGUAUUAAUUAUUUUAAAUUAAAGAUUAGUAUUUAUACAUAAUCAUUUAAAUUGUAUAGUUUGGGGCGGACUGUCUGCAUCAUACAAUUUUAUAUGACCUUACUACAUAAGUAUAGUCUAUAACUAUAUCAUGGAAUACUUAAUAAUUUUUCAUUUAUAUCUAUAAUACACAUUAAUAAAAUUUAUAGUCAUUGUAUUAUUUAAAAAAUGUUAAUAAUAUAUAUAUAUGAGAAAUAAAUUGCACAUUUUUUUGAAGAAAAACAAACAUUUUAUAUAAGUGUCUGAUCUGAUUAUUGAAAAAUGUUCUCAGUGCAAAAAUUAUAUUUUGUUGGUUAUUAAAAGUUUAAAAAAUUAUAUAAUAAUAAUAAUUAUAUUAAACACUUAAGUUUAGUUUUUUUUAAAUCUUAACAUUAAUCAGUUAUACAAUUUAUUUUAGACACAUUCCAAAAGCUAAACAUACAACUGUUGCUGAAACACCAGAGUUAAAAAGAAUCGCUGAGAAUACAAAACUGCAAUCAAAUGUAAGUAAAUGUAAACCAUAUAUUUUGUAGAUUAAUCAUAGCCAUUUAAGUAAUUAUGAUUAUUACUUAAAUAUUUUGAUUAAAAUGAUUAUUAUAAUUAAUCAAAUAUUAAGCUAUUAUACAUUAUUAUAAUUUAUCCAAUUAUUUCAUGCCAUCUUUAUGGAUAGUAUUAACUAUUAGUAAGUAUUUGAUUAUUAAUUACUUAUUUAUUUGAAAACAAAUAAAUUAUUACAUUUUUUUUUGAAAUGAAAUUGUUAUUUUAUUUAAAAUAAAAUGUUUAAAAAAAAAAUAUUAUACUCAGCAUAUCUAUUGAUUAUUAUGGUGUUAACUAUGACGUCUGUAACGUCUUAAGUAAUUAUGUAUAUUAUUUCUAGAUGAAGUUUGCUUUACUUUUAUUAUUCUGUUCAUGUUUUAUAUUUGAGUUAUUAUUAAACGUGUUUUCUUAUCAAUUGUUGAAAAGUGUUGUAUAUGUUGGUUUAUUUGGAUGUUACAAUAUUCUUGUAGCAUAUUUGUUGAUAGCUGUAGAUAAAGUAAAAGUUCUCUAGUUAUACAGGUGAUUUUUUUUUUAUCAUGAACCAGCAAUUUUCUUAGAGGAUUUAAGUAAAUUUGAUUUCUGUUUUUUAUUUUAAUCAUUAAGGAAUUGGUUGGUUAAGCUGUAUUUUAAAACCAUUUUAAAUUUUUUACCCCUAUUCCAUGUAUCUUAACCUUUAGUAGAUUGUAUGCAUUAUGAAUAUGGGUACAGAUUUCCCUUGAUUAAACAAUAUAUUUUUUUAUAAUAUUUAUUUUAAAUUUAAUUUUUAUUGUACAUAACAAAAAUUAUAUAAAAUUUGAUUAAUACUUUUAAUUUUACAUGUUUUAUUCUUUUAAUUAUUAGAAAAAUAAAUUUGUAUUUAUUAUUUUUAACUCAUUUAAAAAUUUACCUUUUAUCUGCUGCUUACCUACUUAUAAUUUUGGUUUGUAUCCAUAAACAUUAUUGUGUUUUAAUAUUUUUCGGAAUUGAAAGUUUUUCAUUAAAAAGAUUUUUAAAAAUUGAAAAUUAGUAUAUUUAGUUAGACUGUUUUCGUGAUAUAGAACUUGAGCAUUGGCUGCACUAUUAUUUAAAAUUGAAUAAAAUACUAUAAGUGGCCACCUAUGACUCCAUCUUGCAACUGUAUAAUAUUCUGUCAUCCUGUCCAUAUUAUCAACUGCUCCUUUUGUAGAAUUAUAAAAUGUAAUAAUUUAACAUUAACAUAAUUUUUUCUAGGCGUUCGAACUCUGAUUUGACGCACCUUUAUUCUACCUAGUUCCAUGACAAUAUUCUCAUGCUAAGUGGUAACUCAUCAUCUGAUUCAUGGUAAUUAUCAUUAUUUGGAAUCACAUUACCUACAAAAUGAUAUUCUGACUGUUAUGAGUUUUCUUCAUCAGAAAUAUCGGAUUGUUUAAUAUCUGUGUUAUGAUCUUUUUGUAAAAUGUCCUCUCUUCUUCACUUGAGUUUCCUCCCCAAAUAUUGUUAUUAUCAUCAAUGCUUCAAUUCGCUAACAUUUUCAUUCAUCCAUUUCUAAAUAUGAUACAGUUGGUGUCACAAAAAUCCCAUAUCUUUAAAAAUAAGUUUCAAACAUGCAUUUCCCUGAUCCAGUACAUUUAAUACAAAUAAUAUAGAUAUUGAAAGUACUGUUAAUGACCUCUUAUCAGAUAAUAGUCUCAUUUCAUAAACAAUAAUUAUAUUCCAAGUAUACAGAAUAUAAAAAAAUGUAUAAAUAUACCCUAUCUUGUCUUAUAUUCUUAGGUCAUAGAAAUAGCAGUUUAAAGUGUCAAAUGCAGGUCAUUCACUAUAUAAACUUUGCAUAGAAUAUACGUGAAUACACUUUAAAUUAUUAGCUUAAAAAAAAACUUAUUAAAAUGGAUACCAUUGCUAACGAAUCGGCUCAAGUAGUGGCACUACUGAAAUCAGGGAUGUGACAAUGUGAUGUUGCACAGCAAUUAAACUUAGGCCAUUUUGCUGUUUGACGGGUUUUUUAUCGGUAUCAAGAGACUGGUGACUUCAUCUGGAGGUGUGGAUCUGGCCAACAACGCUGCAUGACCAAAAGAGACCAGGUUAUUAUUGUCUCAACAUCUUUGCACAAUCGAUUUUCUAAUGCUGUAGAGCUACAACAGCAACCCUUUGUAGCUUGCAAUACAACAAUAAGCACACAUGUGGUUAGGAGAAGAGAUUAUGAGUAACUGACAGUACAAUAUGGCAAGGAACAGUUAGAGUUUGUCCAUAAACAUGUUAAUUGGACUCUUGACCAAUGAAGGACUGUGCUCUUUUCGGAUAAAAUGUGGGUGUGUCUAUUCUGUUACAAAGGAAAGUGUACUGAAGGCAGGGCGAAUGGUUUGUACAAGCCUGUAUUAAGGAGAUAGUUUAGUAUGGGGGUGUAUAGAUAAUAUUACUUUGAAAAAUAAUUUACAAAAGGUGCAAUUUAUUUUUUGAUAUUAAGUGUAUAUAGUGUAUAAAAUGUAUAUCUUUGUAAGACACCCUGUAUGGUAAAUAAUACUAUGUUAGGAUAGAUGUUAGAUACUCCAUAUAUUCUCAUGUUAAAUAAAUGUGUGAUCGUUAUUAUCUAAAACUUGAUAAGUUUGCUCUGAAAUAACAUAAUGUUGACAACCACUAAUCACUAGUUAUAUAUCAAUAUUAUAACUCUGGGAACAUUGAGAACAUAAUAAAUAUUGUCUGAUACUUAAGAUUAGAUACUUUUAAAAGCCCUUAUUGAUAUUUAUAAUUCUAAAAUGAAGUUUAUGAAUAAUUUAAAUUAAUUUUUUGUUGUGCUAUUUGUGAAUAUAUAUUUUUGAAAUUAAAUUUUGCAGGCAAAAUAUCAUGCAGAAUUUGAAAAAACUAAAGGAAAAUUAACACAAGUUGCAGAUGACCCAGAAACAUUGAGAAUAAAAGCUAAUUCAAAAAUUAUAAGGUAAAUAAUAAAUUACUGUUUUGGAUUUGGGUUAAGUAAUUUAUCUUUAUUUAUUUUAACUAUUUAAAUUAAUUUUUAAUUAGUAAUGCUGCAUAUCAUGGCGAUUUUUUAAAGAAAGCAGAAAUGGAACAACGCAGACAUUUAUCUAAUGGAAAUAAUGCAUCAAAUAAUAAUGAACCAACUAGUAACUUUAAAAAUAUAAUCUUUAUUUUAUUAAUUUAUAUAUUUAUAUUACUUUGUAUAUUCAAAUAGCUAAAAAUGUUAUGGUCAAUAAACCUAUUCAAGAUCAUGAUCUCAAUAAUGUGGAUAAACAAAAUAAAGUGCAACAAAAUUAUAAUAUUGGAAGUACUAGGUAUGGACCUCAAAAACUUGAAAAUGCGCAGUAUCAUUCCAGUGUUGAAGAUGUUUCAACUAAAAUUCCUGCAUGUUUAAAUCGCCAAUCAUCUACUUUAAUUUAUUCAUCUGAUGGUGGAGAUUUAGGUAAUUUUAGAUUCAGAGUGAAAUAAGGGAUCUAUUGGUUUUACUAUGAUGUGCUUUUUACACAAUACACUACACUGAAAAUCAAAAACCAACUUACUCAACUCACUAAUUAGAUCCAAAGUAAACAAAAAAGGCUUGUAUUUUUUUGAUUGGAGUAAGAAUUUUAAUUGAAAAGUUACUAACAGACACAUAAAAAAAAAAUACACAUAGCUUAGAAAACCAAUAUAUCUAGCUACAUACAGAAUCUAAAAAAAAUCUGGGUUAAUAUUUUAAAGUAUGUUUUGAAUAUAUUAUCAAUGAUUAACAAGUAUGAACAAAAUUUACAGUUACCAACACAUACAAUAAUGAUCACAUGAUUGGUUCAAUAGCUGACUAUGACCCUAUCAAAAAACAGCAAGCAUAUAACAGUAUUAAUUUUACUAACAGUUCUGAUAGUAAAAAUUUUAACCUUGGAGUAUGUAUUUGCUUUAUUUAAUUAUUUAUUUGUUUUAAAUAUUUUCACAAUAAUUAUUAUAUAUAUAUAUUUUAGAGAGUUUACCGAGCUAUGUAUGAUUAUGAGGCUCAAGAUUUGGAUGAAGUUUCAUUUACUGAUGGAGAUUUAAUUGUUAAUUGUGCAGCUAUAGAUGAUGGUUGGAUGACCGGUGUUGUGCAAAGAACAGGUGAAUCUGGUAUGUUACCUGCAAACUAUGUUCAACCUGCAGUUAUAUAA